AUGUAUAACCAGUACAUUAUCGCAUUCGCGGUUCUACUAGCCAGUAUGUUCCAAAUUGCCGUCGCCCUCUUCAUUCCAGAGGCUCACCCCUCUUCCACACCUUCAACUCUCACUCCUAGGCAAGAAGGAUACAAGUGGUGCCACACAGAAAAUCUCGGAACAUGUACCAUCGCAUACAUCAUCGAUUUAACGAAGCCUCAUCCAAUCAGCAUCCAAGUAACCGAUAACAACUGCGGUGACGGACUCGGUGGUGCAAGAAAUCUAGACAUAGGAUCCAAACUUGCUGAUUUCGAAACGGAUUCCAGACGAACGGAUCCGGUUACAAAGUUCACGAUCAAAAGUGUCGUGAAUGGUAAGCCUGAGAUGAAGGCAGAUGGAAAGGAAUUAUAUUGGCAUCCUCCUGCGCGUGCUGAUGCAAGGACAAUUCAUACUGCACCUUUUGAUUGUCACAUGAGAUAA